GCUCUCACAAUCAUUUAAUAAAAUUACAAAAACUUGGUAGUAUUCUAGUCCAUCAAUAGCGGCAAGAACUUUCUUUCAGCCCCCGCUACGAUUUCAAUCGAAGCUCCGAAUCAAAAGAGACAAGCCUCAACAAUGGUGUCGACCGAAGAAGCGAAAUACAAGGCUCUCGCAAUCAUCCAGCUCUUAAACCAGUCCAAAACGUAUCUGGCUGUCGAAGAAUACGAGCGAUGGCACAAACAUCUGAGGCAAGAAUACAAGCAUGAAAUCUCCAUUUACGUUCACGAGAUUUUUGGCGACGACGGUCUGAUCCCGUGCUUAUUUCCAGACCUGCCUCCCCCCCUAGAGAGGAGACAAUUCGAAAUUGUCACUGCCCGACGUCGCAAUAGAAUGCGCAUCCUCCCAACGGAAAGCCCUGUUCACAAAGCUAAACGAUUUCGUUCGGGAAUCAACUGGAAUCGUCCACGUGAAUCGUUUCAAACAACGCGAUUGUUGGGAGCAGAUCCUGCCCAAGCACUGAUUGAGUCCUGCCAUGUGGUGUGACCUGAAUCCAAAUGAGCAGUUCUCGUCGUGCUGUAUUCUGAUAUGUACUAAUGCUAAUUAACUCCCGGUUGCUCCGCUUCAUUUCAAAACCAAACCUACUAUCCUAACAUUCACUCUGUCUUCGGAACUGUACUACAGUUGUUUCCAUUUGGGUGUGCAAUGAAUUUGCAAAAAAACAUGAUUAAAUCAACUUCAUUGAAUCCAACCUGUUACAUGCUUGGCAAACACCCCUAAUUUUCAUUACUCACCCACCAAAGUACAUGCAUGGUGGUGUAUUCAUUACCAUAAGAAGAAGGGGAUCCAGAAGUUGCAUAUCAAUUGACCGAGUCCUUUGUUACUACUACUACUACUAGUAGUAGUACCAGUAGUGCUAGUAGUAGUGCUACUACUAGUAGUAGAAGCAGCCAACAGUACUACUAGUAGAUCUAAGCAGCAGUGAAAACUUGACAUGAAAUAGCCAAAAUAAUAUAAUCUUCCCCUCCACCACAAAUCCUUGUCUGCCUCCAGUGUCGGAGAAGCAUCCUCCAUAUGAGAGAGCAAGAAGCAUCUUCCAUACCAGUAGGGCAACAACAAGAAGCAUCGUCCUCCUCCUCCUUCAUCCUCAUAUCAGCAGCCACUCCUCCUCCUUCUCAGCAACUUCAUGUCCUCUGUAUCAGUGACUUCUCCACAUCAGCACUCUUGUGACAUGUAUCAGCAUCGUCCGUGUCAGUAUCAUCUGUAUCAGCAUCAUCCGUAUCGGCUUUCUCGUAUUCCAUCUCCUGCAUUGAAAUACUUCACUGCAAAAAUGGACUGAAGUAGUGUCAUAACAGGUUGGCUUCUACUAGAGAGUUAAAUGUCGUGUUGUUCGUCACGUAGAGCUGUGUACAGGUACGAUAGAAUUCUUACGAGAAUAAAGCUCUUACGCGAUAGAACCAAAACAUCGUAUCUACUAACUUGUUGGACGACCGCAUUCGAAGCGUGUUCUCUUGUGCCUCGCAUCUGUGGCAUUGCGUCUUUCGAUGAUUUGAUUGGCUGCCAUGGCUCAUGUCUCCGUGGCGAUGCGCAAAAACAGAGUCCUAGGGCUCUAUACCAACCUUAUGCGUUUUAAAAACAAAUGAUGCGUAGUUCUAUCGAAAAUCUUCUCCUCACCACACACGCGCGACCAACAGGGUUGUAUGUCAACACCACCACCACCCUGGACCAUUGAGCUGCAUUCUUGCAGGAAAGCUCGAGAUUUUUUCGGUCAUACUACUAGACGAACAUACAGUGUCAUAAAUAGGAGAGUGGACGUACCAGUACAAAUACGUAAGGUACAGUAGACGAGCAAAUAACGUUACGUACCGUACAGUACGAGUGUGAGAAGUAAGAAAUUCAUUCUGUACUUUGCGGUUCACUCUUACUGUACUGUAUUGGAACUGUAUGUACGCACGUACCGUGCAGGAGUGAUACGUUUUCAUAGGCGAUCCGAUUGCACGACUACAAAGCGGUUAUUUUUCAUGUACGUACUUGUAUCGUAUGUGGAAAAUACCUUUUAGAUUAUCAUUAGAAGUUGGAGCACUGCCCCUUUUCUGUACGUACGGCACUAAAGUACCUAGCAGAAC